AUCCCAUUACAAUACAAUCAAGAACGAGAGAAAGAACUAAUACCCUGUUUUGGUAUUUCGAUCGAAAUACCAAAACAGGGUAUUUUACGUAGAAAUAGUAUUCUUGCUUAUUUUGAUGAUCCACGAUACAGAAGAAGCAAUUCAGGAAUUACUAAAUAUGGAACCGUAGAGGUCAAUUCAAUCAUAAAAAAAGAGGAUUUGAUUGAGUAUCGAGGACCAAAAGAAUUUAGUCCGAAAUACCAAACGAAAGUAGAUCGGUUUUUUUUCAUUCUCGAAGAAGUGCAUAUCUUACCCGGAUCUUCGUUGAUAAUGGUCCGGAACAAUAGUAUCAUUGGAGUAGAUACACAACUCGCUUUAAAUACAAGAAGUCGAGUAGGCGGAUUAGUCCGAGUGGAGAGAAAAAAAAAAAAUAUUGAACUAAAAAUAUUUUCCGGAGAUAUUUAUUUUCCUGGAGAGGCAGAUAAGAUAUCCAGGCACAGCGGCAUUUUGAUACCACCGGAAACAGAAAAAAAAAUUUCUAAGGAAUCAAAAAAAUGGAAAAAUUGGAUCUAUGUCCAACGGAUCACACCUACCAAGAAAAAGUAUUUUGUUUUGGUUCGACCCGUAGUCACAUAUGAAAUAGCUGAUGGCAUAAAUUUAGCAACACUUUUUCCUCAAGAUCUCCUGCGGGAAAAGGAUAAUGUCCAACUUAGAGUUGUCAAUUAUAUCCUUCAUGGAAAUGGCAAGUCAAUUCGAGGAAUUUCUCACACAAGUAUUCAAUUAGUUCGGACUUGCUUAGUAUUGAAUUGGGAUCAAGAGCAAAAAGGUUCUCCGGAAGAGGUUCACGCUUCCUUUGUUGAGGUAAGAACAAAUGAUCUGAUUCGAGAUUUCAUAAGAAUUGAGUUAGUCAAGUCCACUAUUUCGUAUACCGGAAAAAGAUAUGAUAGGGCAAGUUCAGGAUUGAUUUCCGAUAAUGGAUUAGAUCGCACAAAUAUCAAUCCUUUUUUUUACAAGGCCAGGAUUCAAUCACUUACCCAACAUCAAGGUACUAUUGGUACAUUGUUAAAUCGAAAUAAGGAAUGCCAAUCUUUGAUAAUUUUGUCAUCAUCCAAUUGUUUUCGAAUUGGCCCAUUCAAUGGUUCAAAAUAUAACAAUAUGACAAAAGAAUCGGAUCCCAUAAUCCCAAUUAAGGAUUUGCUGGGUCCCUUAGGCACUAUUGUACCUAAAAUAGCAAAUUUCUAUUCAUCUUACCAUUUAAUAACUUAUAAUCAGAUCUUGUUAAAGAAAUAUUUGCUACUUGACAAUUUUCAACAGACUUUCCAAGUACUUCAAGUACUUAAAUACUGUUUAAUAGAUGAAAAUAGGAGGAUUUAUAACCCCGAUCCAUGCAGUAACAUCAUUUUGAAUCCAUUCCAUUUGAAUUGGUACUUUCUCCAUCACGAUUAUUGGGAAGAGACAUCUAAAAAAAUUCGUCUUGGACAAUUUUUUUGUGAAAAUGUAUGUCUAUUCAAAUACGAACCACACGUAGAAAAAUCUAGUCAGAUCAUAAUUGUUCAUGUUGACUCCUUAGUUAUAAGAUCGGCUAAGCCCUAUUUGGCCACUCCAGGAGCUACUGUUCAUGGCCAUUAUGGAGAAAUCUUUUACGAAGGAGAUACAUUAGUUACAUUUAUAUAUGAAAAAUCGAGAUCUGGUGACAUAACGCAAGGUCUUCCAAAAGUGGAACAAAUCUUAGAAGUACGUUCUAUUGAUUCAAUAUCAAUGAACCUCGAAAGGAGAGUUGAAGGUUGGAACGAAGGUAUACCAAAAAUUCUUGGAAUCCCUUGGGGAUUCUUGAUUCAAGCGGAGCUAACCAUAGUUCAAAGUCGUAUCUCUUUGGUUAAUAAAAUCCAAAAGGUUUAUCGAUCCCAGGGGGUACAGAUCCAUAAUAGACAUAUAGAGAUUAUUGUACGUCAAGUAACAUCAAAAGUGUUGGUUUCAGAAGAUGGAAUGUCUAAUGUUUUUUCACCUGGGGAAUUAAUCAGAUUGUUGCGAGCGGAACGAGCGGGGCGCGCUUUGGACGAAGCGAUCUCUUAUCGGGCAAUCCUAUUGGGAAUAACGAGGGCAUCUUUGAAUACUCAAAGUUUCAUAUCCGAAGCAAGUUUUCAAGAAACCGCUCGAGUUUUAGCAAAAGCUGCUCUACGAGGUCGUAUUGAUUGGUUGAAAGGCCUGAAAGAGAACGUUGUUCUGGGUGGGAUUAUACCCGUUGGUACCGGAUUCAAAAAAUUAGUGCACCGUUCAAGGCAAGACAAGAACAUUUACUUGGAAAUCAAAAGAAAGAAUCUAUUCGAUUUGGAAAUGAGAGAUAUUUUGUUACACCAUAGAGAAUUAUUUUGUUCUUACGUCCCAUUUCCAUGAGACAUCAGAACAAUCGUUUACGCGAUUUCAUGAUUCCUAAGAGCAGAUUCUUUUACUUUAACUAUCUUUUCACUUUUAACUAUCUGUCUUUUAACUUAACUAUCUGGUCCGAGUAUUGAUUUGGUAAAAAAAAAAUAAGUAAUUAAAAGACAUUAAUGGUUUGUACCGUGUAUCAACGGUUAAUUCCCGGUAGAAGGUUCCAUCGGAACAAUUAUUUAUUUCAAAGUACCUCGUCUCUUUGUUAAAAAAAUAAAAAAGAAAAAACAAAAAGGAAGUGUGGGGAAAAAUGACAAGAAGAUAUUGGAACAUCAAUUUGGAAGAGAUGAUGGAGGCCGGAGUUCAUUUUGGUCAUGGUACUAAGAAAUGGAAUCCUAGAAUGGCCCCUUACAUCUCUGCAAAGCGUAAAGGUAUUCAUAUUACAAAUCUCACUAGAACGGCUCGUUUUUUAUCAGAAGCCUGUGAUUUAGUUUUUGAUGCAGCAAGUAGGGGAAAAAACUUCUUAAUUGUUGGUACCAAAAAUAAAGUAGCGGAUUCAGUAGCAUCAGCUGCAAUAAGGGCCCGGUGUCAUUAUGUUAAUAAAAAAUGGCUCGGUGGUAUGUUAACGAAUUGGUCUACUACGGAAACGAGACUUCAAAAGUUCAGGGAUUUAAGAGCAGAACAAAAGAUGGGGAAACUCAACCGUCUUCCCAAAAGAGAUGCCGCAAUGUUGAAGAGAAAAUUAUCUGCCUUGCAAACAUAUCUCGGCGGUAUCAAAUAUAUGACGGGAUUGCCUGAUAUUGUGAUCAUCGUUGAUCAGCAAGAAGAAUAUAUGGCUCUUCGAGAAUGUGUAAUUUUAGGGAUUCCGACGAUUUGUUUAAUCGAUACAAAUUGUGACCCCGAUCUCGCAGAUAUUUCGAUCCCAGCCAAUGAUGACGCUAUAGCUUCAAUCCGAUUGGUUCUUAACAAAUUAGUAUCCGCAAUUUGUGAGGGCCGUUGUAGCUAUAUAAGAAAUCGUUGAUUAUGAUUAAGAAUAAUUAGUUAAUUAUUUGGGGAUUUUAUAGAUUUAUUGGAUCGGUUACUAUUCUUGAA